AUGGGUAUUGAAGACAUUGCAAAUGAAUAUUUGGUGGAUAGAUCUAACCUCUACACAGACCUUGAUCAACUUGAACGUUCAGUAGAAGCAGAAUUCGAACAGUAUUUAAACCAGGCACGCUCUUUUCCUUUUCAUAAAGACUUGCGUGAUGCCUCUGUUCAUUCAGAUCGUGAUAUCCUAGGUUCUGAAAUACUAGAUCAAAUGAAAAGCGACAGUCAUGUAUCACAUCCAAGUGGUGUGGAUGAACACUAUAAUGUUCGACCCUUAAGAAACACAACAUCCAAAAGUAGAUCUAUUUCUCCUGGUGCCUAUUUUGGUGCAAGAUCAUUGCCCCUAAGUUCCAUUGAUCGUGCUUGGUUAAAACAAAAUGAUCUUUCAAGCACUCAUCUCAAGACAGAAACAGAGAGCUUAUUAACAUCUCGCUUUAAAUCACUACCCAAAUCUAUUCAAUCAACAACCUACCAUUUACCUAAACAACAACACACAUAUACCCAAACACAUCCUGCUACACAACCAUGUCACAUCACACCUUCUUCUCUUCAGUUUGAAUGUCAAGUGACCAACACGACCAUCUAUGCCAAAGUCGCUCAUCUCACACUUACGAAUCCCAAUCCAGAUCCAUGCACCUAUUCGCUCUUUUCUGCUCACCAUCGAUUGACAUGUGAAACAGGAGGCACUGUGCCUCCCCACACCACCCUCGAGGUCCCUAUCAACAUUAACGCCCAUGGAUUCACAUCAUAUCAACACACUUUAUCUGAUACACUCUUGGUACUCAUCGGCCCAGAUCAAGUCCAUACAUGUCAUGUGACGAUCGAUUUUAUUGUACUAGAAGAUCUUGUGCCAAAAGGUAGACCUAAAUGUCGCUAUUGUGCUAUAGAACAAGGAUAUCCACUCCAUCAUCAAUAA